AUGCAGUUGAGAAAGAAGGCACGCUGGCUGGCACUGUCAGCCGCCUGGCUCCUGCUUGUCCUCCUGGGAGGCACCCCCCUUCUCCGCUUGGCAGUGCCCCCCAAGCCUCAGCCAGGCCCCCCCCAAGGCUGGCCCCGCUGGCUGGAUGCCGCACUCCUGAAGAGUUUCUCCCAGCCUGAAGAGCUCCCCGAAGAUGCCGUCUCUCAGCCUCCUUCAACCCUCCGUGGGGGCAGUUGCAACUGGGGGACCUGCUUUGACACCUCCAAGUGCAGGAGCGAUGGCCUGAAGGUCUUCGUGUACCCAGCAGCUGGCCCCAUCUCCAAGGUGCAUGGCCAGAUCCUGGCCUCUCUGGAAGGCUCCCACUUCCACACACACAGCCCUACAGAGGCCUGCCUUCUCGUCUUCCUCCUCCUGGGCAAGGAUGCCCUGGCCCCACUGAGCAGCCCACAACCUCCGCACUGGAACAGAGGCCAGAACCACCUGGUUCUCAGUCCAUACCCAGCCCCCUGCCCCUGCGCCUCUUGGCUGGGACGGGCAAUGGUGGCAGAGGCCAGCCCGAUGGUGGACACCUUCAGGCUGGGCUUCGACGUGGCACUCCCGCUUCUCCCUGAAGCCCACCCAUUUCGAGGUGGGAAUCCUGGCCAGCUGCGGCAGUACAGCCCCCACCCCAGGGAAGCCCUGCUAGCCCUGGCAGAAGAGAGAGGCAGAUGGCGCAUGGCUGGUAUCAACACCUCUGACUGUCCCUGGGAUGGGCACUGUGAGUGGGACCUUGGACCUGACCUGAACGAUCCCGGAGAAACGCUGCCCAAUGCCACUUUCUGUCUCAUCCCUGGCCACCGACCUGAAGCCUCACACUUCCUCCAAGCUCUGCAGGCCGGCUGCAUCCCCGUGCUCUUCAGCCCUCGCUGGAAGCUGCCCUUCUCGGAGGUCAUUGACUGGACCAAGGCAGCCAUUGUAGCUGAUGAACGGCUCCCACUUCAGGUCCUAGCCGCCCUGCAGGAGAUGCCCGCUGAGCGGGUUCUUGCCUUACGGCAGCAGACACAGUUUCUAUGGGACGCCUACUUCUCCUCAGUGGAGAAAGUCAUUUACACGACUUUGGAGAUUAUUCAAGACCGGAUUUUUGGUGCAUCUGCUCACCCCGCACUGCUGUGGAACAGCCCCCCAGGGGCACUCCUGGCCCCGCCCACUUUUGCCAUGAAUCCCGGGGACUUCCCCUUCUACCACCUGCAACAGGGCUCCCACUCUGAGGAGAGAUUCAGCGCCCUGAUCUGGGUGGGAGCUCUUGGCCAGACCCCCCUGAAGCUUAUCCAGGCAGUGGCAGGCUCCCAGUACUGUGCCCAGAUUGUGGUUCUUUGGAGCAGUGAGAGGCCACUCCCGCCCAGGUGGCCGGAGUCAGCAGUGCCCUUGACAGUCAUUGAGGGGCGCAGGAAGGCCAGUGAUCGCUUCUUCCCAUACAGAGCCAUCAGCACCAAUGCCAUCCUCAGCCUUGACUCUUACAUCAGUCUCUCCACAAGUGAGGUGGACUUUGCCUUCACCGUGUGGCAGAGCUUUCCAGAGCGGAUGGUGGGCUUUCUGACAUGGAACCACUUGUGGAAUGAGGCCCAGGGUGUCUGGGGCUACACUGCUAAGAUGACCAAUGAAUUCUCCAUGGUUCUCACCACAGCUGCCUUUUACCAUAGAUAUUACCACACUCUCUUCACCCACUCCAUGCCCAAGGCUCUGAGAACCCUGGCAGAUGAGGCACCCAGCUGUGCAGACGUACUGAUGAACUUCCUAGCAGCAGCCGUCACCAAGCUGCCCCCCAUCAAGGUGCCCUAUGUCCGGAGGCACCCGGACACUCCACUGGCUCCCGCGGGUCCCGGGACUGGGCAGGAGCCGCAGCUCCUGGCUGGUGACUGCAUCAACCAGGUGGUGGCAGAGUUCGGCCACAUGCCCCUGGUGUCCUCGCGCCUGCGUCUGGACCCCGUGCUGUUCAAGGAUCCCGUGUCAGUGCAGCGCAAGAAGUACCGCAGCCUGGAGAAGCCCUAG